AUGUUCCCUUGGGUGGAGGCGCUUGCGCUAGCGACGGAGACGACGGGGUUCGACGGUGACGACUGGCUUCGACGGAAACAGAGCAACGACCAACAAGCCAACGAUGAUGAGACAAGUGACAAGGAGACGACGGGGUUCGACGGUGAUGACUGCCUUCGACGGAAACAGAGCAACGACCAACGAGCCAACGAUGAUGGAACAGUCAACGAUGAUGAGGGCUGCUGCUGCCGUCGUGCCCCUGGGUGGAUGCGUGGAGGUUGA